AUGGCUGACUCUGCGCCUACACCCGCCAAGCCCGUCCACACUAUCGUGUUGGACGCCGGCCCCAUCCUGAAAAAUACCCCGCCGCUCUCAACCCUGCUCGCUCAGUGCGAGGAACUCAUCACCACCCCCUCUGUGGUCAACGAGAUCCGUGAUCCUGAUGCUCGAACCCGUGUUGAGACCCUCUAUCUGCCCUUCCUGAAGCAGCGAACCCCCACCCCGAACAGCUUCAAUGUCAUCAGCGAAUUCGCCCGCAAAACCGGUGACCGCGCGGUGCUGAGCCGAACCGAUGUGGAAGUACUGGCGCUGGCCUAUGAGAUCGAGUGCGAGCGUAACGGAGGUGACUGGCGGCUAAGAAGCGUUCCCGGCCAGAAGCGAGUUAAUGGAAGACCACCUGUUAAGGAGGAGGAGCAGACGGAGGAGAUGGAUGAGAGUGCAGUGGAGACUACUCCAGAGGGCGUGAAAGAGACCGCGAUCGCAGACAACGAGAAAGAUACUCAUACAAAAGAGGAUUCUACAUCGCACGAGAGUGGCUCUGAAACCGCACAGGAUGAUAAUGAUCCCGACGCGCAGGAGGAGGACGGCUCUGACUCGGAUGGAGGCGAGUGGAUUACACCCUCCAACUACAAGAAGAAACUGGCCCAUGACGAGGCUGGCGGCGCGACGUCUUCUGCAUCGGAACCGAAGACCAUGCAAGUUGUAACCAUGACUACCGAUUUCGCGUGUCAAAACGUCCUUCUUCAGAUGAACCUCAACCUUCUAUCCACCACUACGCUCCAAAGAAUCCAACACCUCAAAUCCUUCAUCAAGCGCUGCCACGCCUGUUUUUUCACCACCAAGGAUAUGAACAAGCAAUUCUGCCCCCGAUGCGGCAAAGACACCCUCACCCGUGUCUCGUGCACCACGACCGCCAGCGGCCAGUUCACUAUGCACCUGAAGAAGAACAUGCAAUGGAACAACCGCGGCAACCGCUACAGCGUUCCCAAGCCUAUUGCAGGCAACGCAAGCGGCAAAUGGAAAGGCGGCGGCGGGAAGGGCGGCUGGGGCACGGAGCUUGUUCUCGCCGAGGACCAGAAGGAGUACGUGCGUGCCAACGCAGAGGAAGAGCGACGGCGUCGCCGUGAGCAUGAUCUCAUGGACGAGGAUUACCUGCCCGGUAUCUUGACGGGCGAGCGCAACAAGCACGGCGGCCGAGGCAGGGUUGGGGCUGGCCGGAACGUCAACUCGCGGAAACGCUGA